AUGGAGGAACUCGGUAUCUCAUCCCUGAAGCGCACGGAGCCUACCAUCGAGGAUGCAGCCGCUGAGAAAGCAGCCAUCCACCAGGAGAUGGCGGCGGAAGAGGACACAUAUCUUCGCUUCAAAAAGUUGCAACAACACCUCGAGUUUCUCAACACCAUGGAGGAGUACGUUAAAGAUGAACAGAGAAACUUGAAACGCGAGCUGGUGAGAGCGCAAGAGGAGGUGAAGCGCAUCCAGUCGGUUCCCCUCGUCAUCGGCCAGUUCCUCGAGCCGAUCGACCAGCACACGGGUAUUGUUGGUUCCACCACAGGCUCUAACUAUGUCGUACGCAUCCUUUCUACAAUCGAUCGCGAGCUGCUCAAGGCCAGCUCAAGUGUAGCGCUGCACCGUCACUCGAACGCGUUGGUGGAUGUGCUGCCACCAGAGGCCGACUCGUCGAUCGCCAUGCUCGGACAGGACGAAAAGCCAACAGAGACCUACCAGGAUAUUGGUGGCAUGGACAUCCAGAAGCAGGAGAUCCGAGAAGCAGUCGAGCUGCCAUUGGUACAAUUUGACCUUUACCGCCAGAUCGGUAUCGAUCCACCUCGCGGCGUGUUGCUCUAUGGUCCACCAGGAACAGGAAAGACGAUGCUAGUCAAGGCGGUGGCCAACGCCACCACUGCGAGCUUCAUUCGCGUCGUAGGUUCGGAAUUUGUGCAGAAAUACCUGGGCGAAGGCCCAAGGAUGGUACGUGACGUCUUCCGACUUGCACGCGAAAACGCGCCCGCCAUCAUCUUUAUCGACGAAAUCGACGCUAUCGCCACCAAACGUUUCGAUGCGCAGACGGGUGCGGAUCGCGAAGUGCAGCGUAUCCUGCUCGAGCUGCUCAACCAGAUGGACGGUUUCGAUCAAGGCAGUAACGUCAAGGUCAUCAUGGCCACUAACCGAGCCGACACGCUCGACCCAGCAUUACUGCGUCCCGGUCGUCUGGACCGAAAGAUCGAAUUCCCCACACCAUCACGUCGUGAGAAGCGUCUCAUCUUCCAGACCAUCUGCGGUAAGAUGAACCUCAGCCCAGAGGUGGAUCUGGAGGACUAUGUUGGACGACCUGACAAGCUUUCCAGUGCCGAAAUUGCCAGCAUCUGCCAAGCUGCCGGUUUGCAGGCGGUGCGCAAGAACCGUUACGUGAUCAUGCCAGAGGAUUUCGAGGAGGCCUGGAAGCAGAUUGUCAAGAAGCCGGACGAUUCCAAGAUGGAGUUCUACCAGUAG